AUACUUUAUUAAUAAGCUGCAAAAACAGAGCUUUGGCACUCAUUUUCCUCCUAUUAGAGUCUCUUAUUUGAGUUUUAAAACAAGCAAAGCUCGUUCCAUCCAUUAUUCUCCAAUUGAAUCAGCCAUGUCAAGCACUGCUGGUCUUGUUAUUCCCUGCAAAGCUGCGGUGGCAUGGGAGGCAGGCAAGCCAUUGGUGAUCGAGCAAGUGGAGGUAGCUCCACCGCAGGCCUUGGAAGUGAGGAUCAAAAUUAAAUAUACUUCUCUUUGCCAUACUGAUCUCUACUUCUGGGAAGCCAAGGGUCAGACGCCACUGUUUCCUCGUAUAUUUGGACAUGAAGCAUCUGGAAUUGUAGAGAGUGUCGGGGGAGGCGUAACAGACCUCGAGGCUGGGGAUCAUGUUCUUCCAGUAUUUACUGGGGAAUGUGGAGAAUGUGAGCACUGUAAGUCUGAGGAGAGUAACAUGUGUGACUUGCUGAGAAUAAACACUGAUAGGGGUUUCAUGCUUAAUGAUGGAAAGUCUCGGUUCUCGAUUGAUGGGGUGCCAAUAAACCAUUUUGUUGGCACUUCUACAUUUAGUGAAUACACAGUUGUUCAUAGAGGAUCUCUUGCAAAGAUCAAUCCCUUAGCUCCUUUGGAUAAAGUCUGCAUUCUUAGUUGUGGUAUCUCAACAGGACUUGGUGCGACAUUGAAUGUGGCUAAACCAAAGAAAGGUUCCUCAGUUGCUGUUUUCGGAUUAGGAGCUGUAGGCCUAGCAGCUGCAGAAGGUGCAAGAAUUGCUGGAGCAUCUAGGAUCAUUGGGGUGGAUUUGAACCCAAAGAGGUUUGAAGAAGCCAAGAAGUUUGGAGUAACUGAAUUUGUGAACCCGAAGGAUCAUGACCGUCCAGUUCAACAGAUAAUUGCAGAGAUGACAAAUGGUGGAGUAGACAGGAGUGUGGAGUGCACAGGGCACAUUGACGCCAUGGUUGCAGCUUUUGAAUGUGUUCAUGAUGGAUGGGGGGUGGCUGUGCUCGUCGGGGUACCGAACAAAGAAGCAGUUUUUAUGACCAAGCCAAUCAAUUUGCUUAAUGAAAGAACUCUAAAAGGAACUUUCUUUGGGAACUAUAAACCGCGAACCGAUCUCCCAUCUGUUGUUGACAUGUAUAUGAACAAGAAACUGGAAUUGGACAAGUUUAUAACUCAUAGGGUUCCUUUUUCUGACAUCAAUAAGGCUUUUGACUUGAUGCUGAAAGGGGAAGGCUUGAGGUGCAUUAUUAACAUGGAAGAGUAGUUUCUAUUGUUGUGAACCUUAUGAUAAAUAAUAAAAAAAGUAUGGCACUUGAGAAAUAAUUUGACAUAAAUAUGAAACUAUUGUAUAAUUUCUCCUUCUCUAAUAAGAAAUUUCCAUCUACUGAUUAUAUCUUCUA